UGAAAUGGACGAUCAAUUUGUACUUAUGAAAAUAUCCAUUUGAAGUUAAUUAUUUCAUCACAAUCUAGCUAUCUAAUGUUUCUGUACAGAGAUAACAGGGUUUGAAAUACAAUCCUAUCAGCUAUGGAUUUUCGAGCGAGAAUCAAGGAAGUGCUUAAAGUGCCAUCAAUUAAACAGGAACUAUGCCAAACAUUUCUUUGAUUGAAUUGUUUUUCUUUUUCUGAAGACCAUUUGGAUUUGAAGACAAUGUAGACCCAUACAUGAGAAGUUUAGACAGAAAUUUGUUGACAUGGCUUACGUUACGGGACGCUACAUCCACAUAGCUAUUUACUUUCUCUUCGUGUCACACAAUUUAUCUGGCUGCUCACGACACUAAGAACUCAGCCGGAUCGUCAUGUGGGUUUUCUUCAUAAUCCUCUUGUCCUUUUACCUCAUCAUUACCUUUCUCGGAAUCUGGGCGGCCAGGAAGUUUGGAAUCAUCCGUACCAGUAGCCAGACCACGGUCGAUGACGUUUUGCUAGCCAACAGGUCCAUCGGACUGACCUUAGGACUGCUGAGUAUGACCGCUACUUGGGUUGGUGGCAGUUUCAUCUUGGGCACGGCAGAGGUGUUGCACUCGGAAGGCGGACUGAUUUGGUGUCAGGCACCAAUAGGCUAUGCACUCAGUUUAAUAGUUGGAGGCCGAUUUUUUGCAUCACAAAUGCGCAACUCUGGCUACAGGACUAUGUUCGACCCGUUCCUUUGGAAGUAUGGUGACGUCAUGCAUUGUUUACUUUUCGUGCCAGCUCUGGUUGGUGACAUCACGUACUGUGCUGGAAUACUUAAUGCAAUAGGUUCGGCCUUGAAGGUUGUACUCGACUUGAAGCAGGAGAUCGCCAUUGUCAUCUCCGCUGCUUGCUCUUGCAUUUACACCCUGCUGGGCGGCAUGUACGCUGUGGCCUAUACAGACGUACUGCAGUUGGCCUGUUUGUGCCUAGGUCUGUGGCUGUCUGUACCAUUCGUGUUGACAAACAAGCAUGUGAGCGUCAUCUACGAGAACACAGAUUGGAUUGGACGUCUAGAGACUAACGAAAUUCUUGUCUACUUGGACACGUUUGCCCUCAUUGUGUUUGGAGCCAUUCCAUGGCAGGUGUAUUGGCAACGAGUCUUAGCCGCUAAGUCUGGCAUUAUUGCCAAACAAAUAAGUUACAUUGGGGCACUAGGAUGUUUGUUCAUGGCUAUUCCAGCUGUACUUAUAGGCGCUGCCGCCUUCAAUGCAAAAUGGAAGGAAACCGACUACGCCAUGGAUACUCUACUGGAAAAAGAUAACCCCAAUGUGAUGCCGCUGGUUUUGAAGUACUUCACCCCGCCCGUUGUCCUCUUCAUUUCCAUGGCUGCCAUUGCUGCUGGCGCCAUGUCUUCGACAGACUCGUCCCUUCUAUCCUCCAGCGGGAUAUUUGCCAGGAACAUUGUUGGACUGAUGUAUUAUCGCAUCUUUCAAGAAAAGCUAUCCCAGAAUGCCCAGAUAUCAAUCAUGAGAGCAGCCCUUGUGAUUAUCACCGGCCUAUCGUGUGUGAUAUCCCUUCUGGUCGACUCCACGUACAGCCUGUGGGUGCUGAGUAGCGACCUGGUCUACGUCAUCCUCUUCCCGCAGUUCCUGUGCGUCCUGCAUGUGCGCAAGUCUAACGCGUACGGCUCCUUUGUCUCCUUCUGUACCGGACUCACGCUACGUCUGCUGGGCGGCGAGAGAAAGGUUUUCUUUGGGGCUUUGAUUAAGUACCCCUGGUACGAUGAAACGAACCAGUGCCAGUUGUUCCCCUUUAAAACGUUUUCCAUGAUCUUGUCUCUCCUAAGUCUGAUUGGCGUUUCCUACUUGACCCACUUUCUGUUCAAUGGUCAAUACAUCUCUAUGAGCUACGACUUCUUCAAAUGUUUCCAGACACGCGAGUCCUUACAAGACGAAGUGAUUAAAAAUGUCUUUAUGAAAACUGUUUCGGCCACGAUGGCCCCAGCGGACAACUUCAAGGAAGACAAGACUGACGUUGCCGAUCAGAGCCAGGCGCCGCAAACUAAACCCAACGACCAUAGGAGCAUCGCCUUGAAUUUCCAGGCAGGGUCUGGUCGCAUGUCACCCACUAAAGAAAUGUCGUUUACAAAGACGAAAAGCAUCUCCUCAAUGUAUAGUUCUACCGUUUAGUCCCUACUAAUAUACGUAGGUCAGUGCUGGUUCUACCGUAAUAUACGUAGGUCAGUGCUGGUUCCACCGUUUAGUCCCUACUAAUACACGUAGGUCAGCGCUGGUUCUACCGUUUACUCCAACUGAGUGAUUUGAAGAACCACAUUUUGUGUGCACUUGGUCGUGACCUUGACCUAUUUCCUUCCCGUAAGACAACGACCUCAUCGCACAUGAAUGUUGCCUAAACAAAAUAUGUAGAUCAGUGCUGGUCCUAUGAUAGAACACACAUCGUCAAUCCUCCUGCUUGACCCGAUGGUAAAUCGGUAUAAGUCGAGACAGAAUGAAAUAAUAAAAACCAAAAUAAAUAACGGAUUCAACAGACGUUUACAUACUCAUCAACUUUAUCGUGGUAUAGGAUUAUCGAUAAUUGGGGUGUUUUCUUUUUUUUUUCUUCAUGUACUUAAACUCAGUAAUACAGAAAUAUACAUGAUAUAAAUAUACAUUUCACAAGAGCUAAUAAAAAUUGU